CUCUGGUCUUUCUUUCAGGAACUAAUUCCACUACAGUCAUGGCUUCCUCCAGAAGCACAGCACAUCAGCUUUCCAAUGCGUCUAAAAAGGUUCUGUGUGAUUACUGCACUGAGGAACAGCUGGACGCUCUAAAGUCGUGUCUGGACUGUAGAGUUUCUUUCUGUUACACUCAUCUGAUGCCUCAUAAAACUGUAGCAAAACUCAAAAAGCACAAACUGAUUGAACCUGUGGAGGUCCUGGAGGAUUACUUAUGCAAGAAACAUGAGAAGCCCCUCGAGCUGUUUUGUAGAGAUGACCAGAUGUGUGUGUGUCAUUUCUGUACUAAGGAAGACCACAAAACUCACAACACUGUUCCUAUAGAGGAGGAGUCUAGAGCGAAGAAGAGCCAGCUUGGUGAGACACAGGCAGACAUUCAGAAGAUGAUCCAAAACCAACUGAAGAAGAUUCAAGAACUCAAAUCCUUUGUAGAACUCAGUAAAAAAAACACAGAGAAGGAGAAAGCAAACAUUGUAGAGAUCUUUAGCGCUCUGAUGCACUGCAUUGAGAGAAGCCAGGCUGAGCUGCUUAAGGUGAUGGAGGAGAAGCAGAAAGCAGCAGAGAGGCAGGCUGAAGAGUUCAUUAAACAUCUGCAGUGUGAAGUCACUGAGCUAAAGAGGAGAAACACUGAGCUGGAGCAGAUCUCACACACUGAGGAUCACCUCCACCUCCUACAGAUUUACCCGACACUGUGCAGCCCUCCACACACCCAGGACUGGACUGACGUCACAAUUAACUCUCAUCUGAGUCUGGAGACUCUGAGGAGAGCUCUGUCUCAGCUUCAGAAAACUCUCAAUGAGGAAAUGGAAAAGGUUCCUGAGAUUAAACUGAAGAGAAUUCGGCAAUAUGCAGUGGAUGUAACUUUGGAUCCUGAUACAGGAAGUCCUGCUCUCAUCCUGACUGAUGAUAUGAAACAAGUGAGACAUGGAGACUUGCGACAAAACCUCCCCGAGAACCAGAAGCGAUUCGAUCAUUGUCCCUGCAUACUGGGAAAGGAGGGAUUCUCCUCAGGGAGAUUUUACUAUGAGGUGCAGGUCAGCGGGAAGAUUAAGUGGGAUAUAGGAGUGGCCCGGGAGUCUGUUAGUAGGAAGGGGGAGAUUACAUACAGCACUGAGAAUGGAUACUGGGUCUUAUGUCUGAGGAAUAAUACUGAAUAUAAGGCUUGUGACUCUCCUCCUGUUCCCCUCUCCUUGAAACCGGCUCCUCAGAAGGUGGGGGUGUUUGUACAUUAUGAAGAGGGUCUGAUCUCCUUCUAUAAUGUUCACACCAAGUCUCUUAUCUACUCUUUCACUGGUCAGACUUUGAAUGGAAAAAUCUAUCCCUUCUUCAGCCCUUCACUCAAUAAUGGAGGCAAAAACUCAGCACCACUGAUCAUCACACCUGUUCAAACUGAAAUAAUGCUUCCAUAGAAAUCAACUCUGUGCUGUUAAGCUUGCACCACUGUAAUAUUAUAUUAAAAAUACUACUAAGAGGGAGGUUUUCUACAUAGAAUUUGUAGCAGUCCCAUCUAAUGUAGUGUAUACUGUCCAUAUGGCCCGUGGGCAGGACCGGCCCAGUACAGGUUCUAAUUCAAACCCAACAGAUGAAUUUGGAUUUUCAUUUCGUGGACUUUAAUUAAACUGAAAGAUUCAAAUUGUAAACGAAAAAAGAUCAAUGAACUCAGGGACAUAAAUUCAGCUACUGACUGAAUAUAUACUCGUGAGUAAAAUUUGCUAAUUUCUAACUGUUCAUUUACAAACUAACAUUCUUAUGUUGUAACCAUGUGUAUUUCCAAAAGAACCUAGUUAGGACUUUCACAGCACUGGGUGUGAAUAUUUUUGCAGUUAAAACAUUUAAGUUUUUCAUUCGUAAAACAUUUUGCAAACUAUAUUGUGUGUGUAUGUGUGUGUUAUUGGUCUGGCCUUCUUGACAUUGGACUAAGUAUAAUGUAGCUCGUCACCUAAAAUAUAUUCUGACUCCCCAGAUGUAUAUCAGUCUCCCACUUCGACUGGUUUAUGUGUGGAACUGCUUGAAGUUUCAUUUACUAAAUGCAAAAGAGCUUUUAAACAGUUAGCUAGCAUGAUGAAGGCAACACUAUUGUUUUGUUAUCGUACUUACCUCAUUCAGUACUGGUGUAAGUUUAUUAUUUUUUUUAGCUUUAUCGGGUUUGUCUUGGUCACAUUUUUUUUCCUUCCAAGCUGUUUAAUUUCUUUAUUUUUUUUUUGUUAUUUUAUUAUUCGGGUGUAACUGUUAUGUGUAUGUGAUAUUUCUCUGAGGGCGCACUGUGGCUUUUAGUGGUUAGCACGUUCGUCUCACACCUCCAGGGUCCGGGGGUUUGAUUCCCACCGUGGCCCUGUGUGUGUGGAGUUUUCAUGUUCUCCCCGUGCUGCGGGGGUUUCCUCUGGCUACUCCGGUUUCCUCCCCCAGUCCAAAGACAUGCACGGUAGGCGGAUUGAACUACCGUGAAUGGGUGUGUGAAUGGGUGUGCACAGAAGGAGCCUCCCCUGGCGCACCCUGAGCAACGUUCAGUAUCAUACUGCUGAGCGGCGAAUCCUUCCACCACGAUGGUUCCGCUAUGAAGUGGAACCUCGACACGGAAAGAAGAAGAUUUCUCUGAGUAUUACAAUGCAGAAAUUCAAGUGCGAGAUUUGUGAAAGUACAUUUCAACACGUUGUGCCCUGAAAUUGCACACGUGAAUUCAAGUAAAUGUGUGACAUCAUGUGAAUAAAAUGUGAUAAAUAAAUAAAACCAUGUGUUACUUGUGAAAAAAUCCAUGGAAACGAAUCCAUUAAAGUAGGCACCUAGCAGGAGCAGUAAAUAGUAUUCAUGUUAUCCAUGAACAUGAAAAGGGCCUGGAGUAAACAAAUGAAGCUCUUCAAAAUUUCGUACAUACUCCGAGGAUCUAUGCAACAGAAUGUACAUUAUUUGCGAUAUGGC